AUGGCAAAAUUAUUGGCCACACCUUUUCCUCCAGCUAUCAUAUGCUUCUUCGAUUCGAAGUCGCAUCGUUCUCCGUGUUUAUUAUAUCGAAGAUUGAACAAUGGAAUGCUUGGGGGAAAGAAGUGUACUUCUUUAAAUUUUGUGGAAUGCAAGCGGAGGAGAACUUUGAUCUAUGCAGUCAAUCAAGAUGCUGAGCGAGCAUUCAAAAAAACUUUGGAAGUGGAUAGGCUUAUUGAUAUGCUAAGGGAUGCAAAUGACCAGGAACUUCAGACACUUGUGGUGGAAAAUGUUCUUGCCUUCAAUGAGAGUUUUUGGAUACGACUUGCAGCUAGAACUGAAACUUGCAAGUCUGAAGAUGAUAAAAAAGACUACGAGGAAUUGGCAUCAUUAUUGAUGAGCAUUGUGGAUCGUCUUGUACACAAGACCAAUGAAAAAAUAGAGUCAGCUACUGAUGUGCUCAAGGCAAUUUUGGGACCUGUUGUUGAUGAAAAGGAAGAGACUCCUUGGCCUCCUAGAGAUCCUGAGGCUCUUAAUCUCAUGGAAAGAGAAUUGAACCAAAGAGAGCAAGAAGGGCAGCUUGAUGAGGGGUUCCUUGCAGAAGUUAAUGCACAAUUGCGGCAAGCAAAAGAAGAUGGUGACAAGCCUGGUCUUGAGGCUAUGUUGCAAAAGGUUUUACAACUCUAUGCUUCCAGAGUCCUCUCUAAGCGCAGUUACGCCAAAAAAGGCAAUGAGGUGUUAAAAGCUGAGCAGUUUCUUGAGGCCAUAAUCGAAGCUCCUGAGGCAGAAUGGAAUAAACUCUUGAUCGAUGGUUUGACUCUCGGUAAAGGGGAAAAUUCGCCUGAAGAUUUAUACGCUGUUGUAAAUAAACGCAUCGAAAGGACAUUGAUUAGAACAGAGGGUGGAUCUUAUCAGCAGCGCAUUCUCACGGAGUAUCUGAAAGGCAUCCAGUCUAGGGCGGAGGAGAUUGUCCAGAUACUCGAGGGUGGGACUCGAUAG